AUGACAGUGUGUAGAUUCUUUCUACAGGGGCGAUGUGUCAAAGGAAAUUCAUGUUCAUUCAGUCAUGAUGUUGGUGCUGCACCAGUCCCUCCAGCCUUGCCUGAUAUCCAGGGCUUGAACCUCCGUCGAGACCAUGACGACUUCUCACGCGAAUACUCUGGGGUAUAUGCGCAGUUCGAGGAUGGCGGUCGGGUAUCUAAGGUCAACCUACCCUCGGAUUUCUCCUCAAUCCGUAUGAGUGGUCUGGCCGCCGACAGCACCCCAGCUUCAGUCUCCACUCUUAUUGGGAGCUUCGGGUUUGAGGUACCGGCUCGAAGUGUACGCAUUCUGCGGUUAGGAGAGAUAGCUAGUGCACUGGUCAAAGUCGAGGAUCCGCUAUUUGCCAAAAGCUUUUGCGCAAUAGUCAAAUCGAGACCCGAUGCUCAGGGUCCCGUAUUCGAGGUUCAGUCUAUCCCGUCAUCCACUACAUCGAGAGCAGCUGGCCGCCGUGUUAGCUGUAACAAGGUUCAUAUAUCUUGGCAUAAACCCACCCGCGCUGUCUGGAUGAAUUUCGGAAACGAAGACAUAGCCAAACGAGCAAGUGAGAGGUUCAACAGUGGCCUAUACAAGAUUUUGGGUCAGAAAGUCAGUGCCGAUCCGCCAAAUCAUAGCCCCUCCCGUGGCAGAAACCCCGUAGCGUGGACCUUGACUUUGAAAGGCGUGCCAAGCUACGCCACAAAAUCCAACAUUGAAGACUCGAUAUUUUUAAGGCAAGAUAGACCGCGACACUACGAGCUUGGCAAGUGUGGGGAGUUCUUUAGCACAGAGACCACGGCGGUAUUCGUGGAGUCUUUAUUCGCCAACAUCGGACCUAACGAGUUCCAUUGGGACCCCUCCCAGUCACAUGGAAAACGUUUCAAAGUAGUGGCCAGGUUUGAAGAGGAAGCGGAUGCUCGAGAGUCUGUUCGUACGCUGCAUGAUCAAAGUCAAGGCUUUCUAAAUACAGGAAAAUUGACGGUGCAGCUGGUCAACUCUGCAAAGUUCAAGAUAUCUACAAUGAUAUACGAUGCUCUAGAGGAGCAGCUUGCCAUACAUGCCAAAGAAUGGAGGCAAGCGCAUCUUCAGUACAAAGUCUACCGUAACACAGACCCACUUCAGCUGUUCACAACACUGAAAGUUGAGGGCGAGAGCACCAAAGACGUCUCCAACGCGACAAAUUUAUUAGAGCGAACCAUCGGCGGAGAGACUAUAGAGGACGCAGGGAUGCCGGUCUGGAGUGCGGCUCUUUCUAGCAAUGGAACAACAUAUCGUCUCAUCAAACAGAUUCAAGAUGAGCAUGGAAUUCUCCUUAUUCGCAACAAGGCAAAGAAGCACUUGAAAUUCUUCGGUCCGCAUGAGAAAUAUCCAAUCGUUCUGGAGGCCGUUUUGAGGGCUAUCAAAUCAGACCCUAUAGCCACUCACGCCAUUGAGCUGGACCCGGCUGAUUUCCUUUGGGCUUGUAGUGGAGGACUGAGGCGAAUCAUCAGUGCCCUUGGGGACGAUGCAGUCGCCUUCGAUGUCGUCUCACGUCCAAAACGAAUUAUCAUCACUGGCACCGAGGAGCAAUAUCUUUCUGCUCUGAUAAUGAUACAGAGAAAGGACGCGCACGUCGAGCCACCAGAUGCGUCUCUCGCUAAUGAAGACUGCACCGUAUGCUGGACCGAAGCUGACAAUCCAAUUCGCACUAAUUGCAGCCACAUCUACUGCCUCGAAUGCUUCGGCGAUAUGUGCGUAGCAGCUGGCUCCCAGGACAAAGAGUUUUCUCUCAACUGUCAAGGGGACAUGGGAAAUUGCGGAAAAGUAUUCACUCUGCUCGAGCUCCAAAAUCAUCUAUCGUCGAAUACUUUCGAAGAAGUCCUCGAAGCAUCUCUCAAAUCCUACAUUAGCCGUCGCCCACAAGACUUUCACAACUGUCCAACGCCAGACUGCGGUUACACCUACCGAGUGACCCCCAACGCAAACACUCAUACCUGUCAGAAUUGUCUCGAAGUCACCUGCACCGCGUGCCACGGCCAGCACGGUUCCAUGAGCUGUGCUGCAUACAAGGACCUCAAAUCUGGCGGCGUUGAAGCAUUUGAGCAAUUCAAGAGGGAAAACGGCAUCAAAGACUGUCCAAUCUGCAAGACUCCGAUAGAGAAGACCGAAGGAUGCGAUCAUAUGACUUGCGGAGGGUGCAAGACGCACAUAUGCUGGGUAUGUCUGAAAACUUUCAAAGACAGCAGGGCAUGCUAUGCUCAUAUGAACGAAGCGCAUGGAGGUAUUGGUCUGGAUCAUCUACGCGACAUCUGGUGAGUUCGCUGAUAGUAAUGAUGAUAUAUGCCUAUUUCUCAACAAGCUUCCUUUCUUUAUCUGCCCUUUUCAGAUCCC